CUCCAUCGUGUCGCUCUCCCCUCACCUCCCGCCCUGCGUGUGCUCAGCUCCGCCCCCGCCCCCGCUCCCCGCCCCUCUCUUCCCCGCUCUCCCCGUCAGCGCCAUGUGUGCCGAGCCCAUCUAUCCGGAGGUUGUCCUCUCCAGCGCACCUGGCAAGGUGAUCCUCAGUGGCGAGCAUGCGGUGGUCCACUUCAAGACGGCGAUUGCCGUGUCGGUCGACCUGCGCACCUUCGUGUCCAUUCAUGUUGAGCCCUUCGCGGGCCUCGGUGAGGCAACCAUUGCCCUGGAUAUGCCAGAUGUCCGGCUGGAUUCGGCCCUGCUGUCCUGUGCCAAGAUCGCUGCCCUGGGGCCUGGCUUGCCGUCUGACGCCGAGGCGGCCUGCUCGCCGCUCGAGAUGACCGAUCAUACGCGCGAGGCCUUUGACGCCGCGUCAAAGGCCUUCGUCGAGAACCCGGCCUCAUUGAGCCUGGCUUCAGUGGACGCCAAGCAGUCGUCCACUCCCCUGCCACAAUCGGCCCUGGCUCUGACCGGCUUCCUUUUCCUCGUGCGGCACCUGUUGGUCGAUAAGCUGACCGAGCUGGGCCUCCUGGCCAAUGUGUCCGUCCACUCGACCCUGCCCAUCGGGGCCGGCCUCGGGUCAUCGGCCUCCUACGCCACGGCUCUCUCGGCGGCCCUGCUCAAGUGGCGCGUGCUGCUGGCGGCCCCGGACACCCCGGCCAAAUGGUUCCACUCGGCGGCCUUCCGGGAUCUGGUGAACCAGUGGUCCUUCCGAGCGGAGCAGCUCAUCCAUGGGACCCCGUCCGGGGUGGACAACUUCGUGUCGACCUUCGGCGGGACGGUGGCCUUCCGUCGCGGCGAGGCCCCGGUGUCGAUGCCCCCGCUGCCGGCCUUCCUGCGGUUCAUUGUCACCAACACCCGGGUGCCGCGCAGCACGCGUGCCUUGGUGGAGAAGGUGGCCUCGAACUUGGCGGAAUUCCCGACCGUCGUGGGCCCGGUGCUGGACGCCAUCCAGGGCAUCAGCGAUGCGUAUGUGGAGCUCCUGGCGCCGCUGGGCCCGACCGGCGGGGCUGACCUGGACCAUCCGGCCAUGUGUGCCUUCCUGGCCAAGUUCGCCAAGCUGAUGACCAUCAACAAUCACCUCCUGUCAUCGGUCGGAGUGGGGCAUGCCUCCAUCGACCGGGUGGCUGACAUCGCCGGCAGUCUGGGCCAAUGUGCUACCAAGCUCACUGGUGCCGGGGGCGGUGGGUGCGUCAUCAGCCUGGUCCCGGAGCCGGUGGCCCCCGAUACCCAGGCCCAGGUGGCGGCCGUGGUUGACGCCGUGUCGACCGGCUUGCGUGAGGCCGGCUUCGCGCCCUUCGAGACGCGCCUCGGUGGCCCGGGGGUUCUCUUCUACGACCUGGCUGAUGAUCUGCCCGGCGCCGGGCCGGAGGAUGAUCCCCAUGCCCUGCGCAGUGCCAUGCAUGCGGCGUGCUCAGAUCACAAGUUCUGGGUGGAGAUCGAGUAGGCCUCUGCACCUGGCACCUGGUUUCGGUGGGGGUCUUGACGUUUCAAUGUGCCUGUCGGCAAAAUAUAUCUUUUGCGCGUGCGCGCACACAUUUAUUGCCCAUACACACACACACACAUACACACA